AUGGUGACGGUGAAGACCCUGAACCCCAAGGCUGAGGUGGCCCAAGCCCAAGCAGCGCUGGCGGUCAACAUUAGCACGGCACAAGGGCUGCAGGACGUGCUGAGGACCAACCUGGGGCCUAAGGGCACCAUGAAAAUAUUUGUUUCUGGUGCUGGGGACAUCAAGCUUACUAAAGAUGGCAAUGUGCUGCUUCAUGAAAUGCAAAUUCAACACCCAACAGCCUCCUUAAUAGCAAAAGUAGCAACAGCCCAGGAUGACAUAACUGGUGAUGGUACCACUUCCAAUGUCCUAAUUAUUGGAGAGCUACUGAAGCAAGCAGAUCUCUACAUUUCUGAAAGUCUUCAUCCCAGAAUAAUAACAGAAGGAUUUGAAGCUGCAAAGGAAAAGGCACUUCAGUUUUUGGAACAAAUCAAACUAAGCAAAGAGAUGGACAGAGAAACACUUAUGGAUGUGACCAGAACAUCUCUACAUACUAAAGUUCAUGCUGAACUUGCUGAUGUCUUAACACAGGCUGGAGUGGACUCCAUUUUGGCCAUUAGAAAACAAAACGAACCUAUCGACCUUUUCAUGGUUGAGAUCAUGGAGAUGAAACAUAAAUCUGAAACUGAUACAAGCUGAAUCAGAGGGCUUGUUUUGGAUCAUGGGGCAAGACAUCCUGAUAUGAAAAAGAGAGUAGAAGAUGCAUACAUCCUCACAUGCAAUGUGUCAUUAGAGUAUGAAAAAACAGAAGUGAACUCUGGCUUUUUAUAUAAGAGUGCAGAAGAGAGAGAGAAACUAGUAAAAGCUGAAAGAAAAUUCAUUGAAGACAGAGUUAAAAAAAUAAUAGUAAUGAAACAGAAAGUCUGCGGUGAUUCAGAUAAAGGAUUUGUUGUCAUUAAUCAAAAGGGAAUUGACCCCUUUUCCUUAGAUGCUUUUGCAAAAGAAGGCACAGUAGCUCUGCAACGAGCUAAAAGGAGAAAUAUGGAGAGGCACGCUUGUGGUGGAGUAGCUCUAAAUUCUUUGGAUGACCUAAAUCCUGACUGUUUGGGGCAUAUAGGCCUUGUCUAUGAGUAUACAUUGGGAGAAGAGAAGUUCACCUUUAUUGAGAAAUGUAACAGUCCUCGUUCUGUCACUUCAUUGGUGAAAGGACCAAAUAAGCACACACUCACUCAAAUCAAAGAUGCAAUAAGAGGUGGCCUGAGGGUUGUCAAAAAUGCUAUUGAUGAUGGCUGUGUGGUUUCAGGUGUUGGUGCAGUGGAAGCGGCAAUGGCAGAAGCUCUUGUUAAAUAUAAGCCAAGUAUAAAGGGCAGGGCCCAACUUGAAAUCCAAGCAUUUGCAGAUGCAUUGCUCAUUAUUCCCAAGGUUCUUGCUCAGAACUCUGGUUUUGACCUUCAGGAAACACUAGUAAAAGUACAAGCAGAACAUUCAGAAUCAGGUCAACUUGUAGGUGUGGACUUAAACACAGGUGAGCCAGUGGUAGCAGCAGAAGUAGGCAUAUGGGAUAACUAUUGUGUAAAGAAACAGCUUCUGCACUCCUGCACUGUGAUUGCCAUGAACAUUCUUCUGGUUGAUGAGAUCAUGCAAGCUGGAAUGUCUUCUCUAAAAGGUUGAAUUGAAGCUUCCCUUGUAUCAUCUGAAUCA